AUGGUAACCUCUUCUGCGACGCGUCCGUUUAUUUCCCGACCCUAUCCCCUUCAGAAGACAAGGCCCACUCCGACAUCGGUCACUCCUGCCACUACUACGCACGCGCCGACUUCCCAAGUUGGCUCAACUAGCGGCAAGUUUUUUAAUUGGAUACGCAAGGACACCAAGCGCGACAGCCCGGAGAAGGAAACUAGCAAGAAGCGGGCUCGUGACGGCGAUGAGAACAGGCAUGUCAAUGUGGCCUUCACGCCACGGAUGCGUCAACGGGUGACAUCCAUGUCUUCUAUCAAUACUAUCCGAGCCACCCCUCAGCAACAGACGAAUGCUCCGGACAAGGACUAUACCAGAAGGGAGCGUCGCGAACCGAGCACGAAGCGGGACCUCGGGGCCAUCAAUCCUAGUCGUGAUCAUUCAUCCAGCGCUGUGGAGAACAAUACACCCUUGGACACUCCUGCUCGAUCUCGCACUUACAGCGCAGCCACCGGCGCGAGGACAAUCCCUAGCGAUGCGAAGCCAUUCGCGGAUAGUGGCAACGUGGAUGAAGCAGCCAGAGGAAAGUCUGGACGCGGCCUCCGUCAUGUGGGUAAGGUCCAUUUCCCCACUCAGGACCAAAUGAGCGGCAUGAAGGAACCUGGGUCACUCGCCUUCAAGCCCGCCUCUCGCAUCCCGCUGCCGACUUCGCGCCCGCCGACGUCUCCCGCUUCCAGUGCUGUGUCUGCCAGAGUCGCCCCUUUAAAUAGCGGGCCUCGAUCGGGUCGAUAUGAUGGUUCUACGCAGAUAUCCAUGACGGCAGCCAUGGCUGUCCCGCCGCUCACAUCUCGGUUCCCUGAUGAAGAAUUCCAUAGCGGUCUCCGCAUUCGGGAAGUGUACUAUGGAGAAAAUCAUUUUCCUUUUGUCAUGACUGCUAAGGACCGCGCUACAUCUUUCUACGAUGAAACGCUCUUGCAUCGCUACAAACUCGAUUUGUCAUUCUCGAGCAAUCACACAGAGUAUUGGGAUGUGCCUGAAAGGGGCGUCAUCGGCUGGGAGGCAACUCUCCACUUCACUGAUACUCAAGGGGACGGAACACACAACACACUAAGGCCCCCUAUCGAUUACCUUGACAUUCUCUGCAACCGAAUCAACGAGCAUGCCUCUCCGCAAGUUAGCGUCGACCUUCCCUUCUCAACUUGUUGGAUUGGAGAACGUCGUACGAGUGAUACAAUCGAGCGCACGCAGUUUACUAUGGACCCUUCCAAGGGAAUUAUCGUGAGACAUGAUUGGGAACAGGUCAAGAGCUCCCUGUCAACCGAAAGGCAGUGGGACCUCAAAUUCUGGGUUCCCGUUCCAGAUUACCUCUUCGAGGGUAUAGAAUCUCGAUUCUUCAGAUUGGAGGCCCAGGCUUGCGCUUUCGAGAGGACGAGAGGGAAGAGGGUCAAGGUGCAAGAUGCCGCAAAGGCACAGGUUGACGUUGGGAGCGAGACGCUGAUCAUAUCGAACGUCUACCUCUGGAGGAACGAUCAGCCGCGAUUCCUUACUACAGCAGAGGAAUCUUACGCGGCUACAUUGCGCGGCGCUCGCGCAGCCAACCUCAAGCUGACAAUCAAGCGGAUCACUAACUCAACUGACGGGGAAUCCCUGGAAUUCUCUAUCCUCCCUUACAUUGUCGCCGUGCAUGUCAUCCGAACUCAUGAAUCUCUACCCUCCACGCCUUCCGCCGACGAUCCACCUCCUGAUGCUCCUACGUCCAAGCAUUUUGCCUGGCCUUCUCCAGCCCCGUCGAUGGUUCCAGAACUCACCGAAGAAUCUGCUGGUGCGAGGGGUUUUUUCUUCCCUCGAGAAAUGGACAAAGGGAGUGCUCUGUCGUUAUCAGCAUGGAAUGGCCCGCGAUGGGGUGGUCUGCGGAAUGGAAUUGACGACACGAUCACGUUUAACGCAGUGGUGGAGUUUGAGGGCGGUAUCUUUCUGAGAAGUGGAGAUGAAAGAUUGAGAAUUGUAAGCUAG